AAUUUUCACAACAAGAACACGCUUUUCCCGAACUAAAAGCUCCCUCUCAGACCAAACCUAACCCCAUCAAACAUUUGUUAAAAUCGUCACUCCACUAAUAAAAAUUCAAAUCUGGGAUGUUUCAGGUCACCCACACGGCGGUUCCAGCUAUGUCUAUGACUGCAUCACCGCCCAAUCUACUUAAACGGCCGGUGGUGUUCCCUUAUUCAUCAAGGCGAUCCCUUAUUUCACCUCUCCGGAGCUCAAAAACCAUCAAUCCUCUCGCAAUUCUCGAUAUCAAAGGUGGCAAAGGCAUGAGCGGGUUCCAUGAGGUAGAGCUCAAAGUUCGUGAUUAUGAAUUGGAUCAGUUUGGUGUUGUGAACAAUGCUGUCUACGCUAACUACUGUCAACACGCCCGACACGAGUUUCUGGAGAGUAUCGGUAUCAACUGUGAUGAAGUCGCACGUUCUGGUCAAGCCUUAGCGCUUUCUGAGUUGGCUAUAAAGUUCCUUGCUCCCUUACGCAGCGGAGACAGGUUUGUGGUGAAAGCGAGAGUAUCGGGGACAUCUGCUGCGCGUAUUUACUUUGAUCAUUUCAUCUUCAAACUUCCAAAUCUAGAGCCUAUCUUACAGGCAACAGGAAUAGCUGUGUGGCUUGACAACAAGUACCGUCCUGUUCGUAUCCCUCCUCAUCUACGCUCCAAAUUUGUUCAGUUCCAACGCCAAGACGAAGCUGUUUGAUUUGUACCACCCAAAUUCUCAGGAUUUUCCUGUAUUUUAUUGAACCCAGUUAAAAUUGCUAAAUGUACCCAUCAUAAGCCCCUAUAUAUAUGAAAACUACAAUCCAGAUAAUACAAGGUGUGUACUUU